AAUUUUACCCGACGAUGGUAACUAACUAACGAAGAAAAGGUUGUUAGCAGAGCUGUGUUAGCUAAAUGACCCAGCUCCCAGUGUCCUUCAAUAAUAACUAGAUUUCGGUUGGAAAACAAGCGUCUUCAAACUGUCAUUCUGAAAAUAGACCAAGGUAGCGGCUUGGCCUUUAUUGAAUGUGAGGAUGCCUGCUGGCGUGUCUUGGCCUCGGUACCUGCGGAUGUUUGGUGCCAGUGUCCUAUCCAUGUUUGCCGGAGCAGAGGUGGUCCACCAGUACUACAGACCAGAUCUGACAAUUCCAGAAAUCCCUCCCAAACCUGGCGAGUUGAAGACAGAACUGCUUGGAUUCAAAGCAAGGGAAGAGGCAGCUGCAACUGCACAAAGACAGUGACCCUUUGAGCAGACUUUUUUUUGGGGGGGGGGGCACUGUAUCUAACCUCUGCGCAAUCUUUUUUUAAAUAAGGACUAUCUUUUUAAAAACCUGAAAGGGAUAUGUUAAUAGAAAAUUGUGUGUACAGUGGAAUUUUUGUCACUUGAAAUGGAUAUAUCAAAUAAGUAAUUUAAUUUAGUAUUAUUGUACCUGUUUCAAUACUGUAAAACGUUGCUGCUGGCAAUCCUGGUUUCAAAUGGCUGGUUAGAGGUUCAGGUUUCUCUGUGUUUUACAUCAGGAGCCUCCAGUUUAUUUUUCCACCAUUGAGAACAAGGGAUUUAAAGAAUGUCAUUAAAUUUUUCUCACCCUGAAUUAAUGAAUGGGCCAAAGAAACUAGUGCAUGGAUCAAUUGGUUUUCUUUAAGAGAGCACUAUGGUCGUAUAAUCUCUUUCAGAAUGGCCAAGCGCCACAAAAAAUCCAUUGUUUUAAAAGGUGGUCUUGUCUAAAUGAUAUCUUCCCAUGAAUCCCAAUGAAAGUGACGUUAUGAUAUGCAGCAGGUCAUCUAGGGAGGGGUAUGCACUUCUCUGACUGUUAAUAGGCUAGAAUCUGAUUUUUUCUUCCAAACCAAUUACUCGCUUGCAAGGAGGGAGCUUUAAGUUGCAAAGAGAUUUCCAAUUUCAGCCAUUAUAAACUUUAUAAGGAAUGUUUUUUCAGGCCAUUUAUGCUUUAUUGGACAGGAAAGUGGUGAAAGAUAGGAGAGUGUUAUUGUUCAAAGAGCACUAAAAAAGCCAUUAGAAGCCACUACCCAGAAAUAUAUUUUAAAAAAAUCUUAAAAUCAACUUAUAUUUGAUAAUCAUAUUUGGUCUGAUGUUACCUAAAGAUGAUUUGGCCAUACAAAAUACAUUUAAGCUGACGGUGAAUUAAGUCAGCUUAAAGCGUGUUAAUAAAUGCUGUUUCUGUCUAUGUUACUGUAUAGCUAUCUUGAACUAUCUGGUGAAAACUGACUAUAAGAAAUAUAAAAUAAAGUCAUAAGAAUUGUGCAUUCAGUAUAUUUAAAUCACAGAUUUAAAUGUAAUAGAUAAAAAAAAUUGAUCUAUUACUGUAUAAUUCUAAAAUUAACAACAAUUUUGUGAAAUCCAAUUAAGUUUCACAUGUUUCUUACUAGCAAUACUAGUCUGUCCACUGCAUUAGGCAUAAAAGUUACCCUUUGGCAGGUGUCAAUUUUCAGACUGGUCUUGGGGUAUACAUAAAUCAUCUUAUGUAAAUCUUUGACCGCCAAAUUCCUAAGAUAUGUUACAUUACAUUAGUUAGGGUUAAGACCAGAUGGUGUGGCAGUUGAAUAGAGUGACGUUUUUUGUGAGUUGUUGAGGGCAUGUAUAGAGGAUUCUAAUGUUUUACUGCCUAGCCAUAGCUGUGCUACACAGAUAUUUCCAAAAGGUAGGGACCAGUAUGCUGGGUCCCUAGCCAUAUCUAAACAGGGUCCGUUAUGCUGCUGCACACACAUUUUGUUUGGAAAGUUGCAUUGCACAUUGUUAGCACAUUCUGCAUCGUGGUCUCAUUUGUGUAACUGCACUACUAGUGUCUUUUCAUGCAUGGGUAGCACCAUCUCAAUGUUAAAGUAGGCUAUUUCAGUUUCAUUUAUUGGCAGGUCCCUCCUGAUGACCUAGUUGGAUUUGUGAUCACAUGACCAACCAGGUAAUCAAAUGGGAUAUAUGCAUUGAUAUGGAACCGCUUACUCUGCUUGAUGUGAGAGUUAUAGCAAAGUGAUGGCAAGACAAUGGCCAUCACUUUGCUUUUAUGACUUCUGUUGGAUUACUCAGGCCUUGCUAGAUACUAACAUAUGUUUGAAUGAUGUCAAAUAUACACACAAAUGGGUGACAAAGGAAAAACACAUGAACUGGCUCAAUAAAGCAUUGGGCAUCCAUAAGCCAUCAGAACAGCUGCAAUGCGCCUUGGAAUAGAUUCUACGAGUCUCUGCAACUAUACAAGAGGGAUGGAACACAAGAGGGAUGGUGGUGAUCUAACAUUUAAAUCCUUUCCACUUGCUUCCUUGAUCUAAAAUCAUGGUCAGCUGGGCCUGCUCAGCAUUUUUAUACAUGCCACAGAGCAUGAUAGGACGUGAAUUGAUUAUCAUUUAGUACACUUUUAUGGAAGCAUCUUGCAUUCAUUAUGUUCCUCCACUAAUUUAUUUAGGUUUACUUACAUUUUUCACCCAUCUAUAUAGGUAUAUUUCUUUCUUUAAUUUUAGUAUUUUCCAAAUGGUAGAAUAGUAGUUAAGACUAGGAAAUAACACACAAGGAAUCAUGUAGCUACCAAAAGUGUUAAAUAAAAGAAAAUAUAUUUUA